CCAAAACUAAUCAAUCAUAACAAUUAACCUUUUAAACGAUAAGAAAACUUUUCAAUCAAUUUCUCGAUCUCGAUCACGAACUUUAAACAAUUAAACUUCACCAACGAUUCUCAAUUCUUAAAAUCUUCUCCAACAAUCAAUGUGAACCUCAAAGCCUUUGAUCCUCAAGGUGGAGCUCAAGUGGUUAAGUCAUCAAGUCGAUCGGAAUUGUAAUUAUGUGAGUUAAUUAUCUCGUUGUCAACAAUGGUUAAUUUGAUUGUUUCUUUAACAUUUAAUUGUAAUUGAAAUGUGUCUUUCUUCAUUGUUCAUCCCUGUCUCUCAUCAUCAUUCUCCCCAUCAUAAUCAUUCAUCUUCUACCUGCCGUUUAUUGUUUGUAUCCAAAUGUUUAAACCUACAUUUAGUAUUAAUAAACUACAUUUGAUGAUUGGAUACAUUUUGUUUUCGUUUAAUAGAAGAUCAUGUUUUCAGCAUUAAAACGUCUUGUUGGCAAUCAAAAUGAUUCUAAACCUGGACUUGAGAAUGUUUUCAAUCAAGUUAAUUGUCCUGGAAGAAAUAAUGUCCAACCAAUGGGACAUCAUUUGCAACGAAAAUUUGCCAAAGGAGUUCAGUAUAACAUGAAAAUUAUUCUCAAAGGUGAUCGUAAUGUUGGUAAAACAUGUCUUUUCAUGAGAUUACAAGGGAAACAAUUUGUUGAUGAAUAUACACCAACGGAAGAGAUUCAGGUUGCAAGUAUCCAAUGGAAUUAUAAAGCUACCGAUGAUAUCGUUAAAGUUGAAGUUUGGGAUAUUGUUGAUAAAGGGAAAAAACGAGCCCAAAUUGAUGGGCUUAAAUUGAAUAAUGAAAAACCCAACGCUUCCACUGUUACAAAUGAAACGGAAUCAUCAGCAUCAGAAUUAGCCUUAGAUGCUGAAUUUAUUGAUGUUUAUAAGGGAACCAAUGGUGUCAUCAUGAUGCUCGAUAUGACCAAAGCCUGGACAUUUGAUUAUGUUCAAAGAGAAUUACCUAAAGUACCUUCUAACAUUCCAGUUUUGGUUCUUUCUAAUCAUCGAGAUAUGGGUCACCAUAGAGCGGUAACCGAAGAUCAAGUACGAAUGUUUAUCAGUAAUCUUGAAAGGUCCAAUGGUCCAGGUCAAGUUCGAUAUGCUGAAGCUUCCAUGAGAAAUGGUUUUGGUUUAAGAUUUUUGCACAAAUUUUUUAAUCUCCCCUUCCUUCAUUUACAACGGGAAACACUAUUGAAACAAUUGGAAACCAAUACUGAAGAAAUCACCGCAACUUGUCAAGAAUUAGAUGUCCUACAAGAAGCCGAUGAAUCGGAUUAUGAUCGUUUCCUGGACAAUUUAACCAACAAGCGAAGACAAAUCGCCGAUCAAUUAUCUCAAAUACCAGUUACCUCAACCAAUGGUAAUUAUCAUAAUAAUGUAAAUGGACCACCAAGAAGUAUGUCCAUGCCCGCAGAUCUGACCUUAAGAAAAUCUCCGUCGAUUGGAACUGAUCUUAUCCGACCAACACCAAGUAUUAUUAUUGGAGCAACCAAACCAAUAAAUUUAAAAGAUGGUAAAGUAAUACCUCCCUCAUUAAGUAAAACAAAUUUAGCUGCUAUGGCUGGUAAAAUGAGUGCCAAUGAAUCAACAAUUAGCAAUACAAAUGGAAUCAAGUCAAAUGAAAACAGUGAAAUAAUCAGUGAUGAAGAUCGUUUAAAUUUACGAACUUUCCUCGAAGAGCAACCUCAAGAUUUUAAAUUACCUGAUGAACUCUCUCAACUCGCCGAAGAAGAUGAAAGUGAUGAUGAUAAGGCAGCUAAUCCAAUGGUUUCUGGUUAUCAGGCUGAACUUGAUCCUGAAGAUAAAUUUCCAGAAUCUGAUAAUGUCAUUUUAACGGAACAAAUUAUUACAAAGCCAGUGACCAGUAAUCAUUUUAAAAAGAACGAAGAAAUUGAAAUUAAGAUGACCAACAAAGAAAUAAAAGAAGAGAUUAAAGGAAUACCCAAAGAAUUAGAAAAGUCAAACAAUCAAACAGAAGCAAUUUUUGUACCUGAGAAAAUUUUACCAACAAUCAAUCAUCAGCUGAAAUCACAAUUAGAACCAUCUAAUAGUGAGAUUAAAUCGACAAAGAAUGUAACCUCUUCAUCUUCAUCGAAAAACAAAAAGGUUAAAGAAAAGGUGAAAACGACGAAAGAGAAAAAGAAGAUGAAAAAAAGAUCGAAUACAUUUAAUGAAGAAGAUGAAGAAAAUCGUCGAUUGGAAGAGUUUCUCGGAUCCGAUUGUGAUACAAUUAACAGUAAUCGAGCAGCAAAUGAAUAUGAAACAUUAUAACCUAAAAGUUUUGGGAAAACAAAAUCAAGGAAACACAAUUUAACCAAAGCAAUUAAAUGGUUGAUUCCUUUUUUCAAUUGUAUCUGUGAUUAUCUUGGAUGAAAAGGAUCUCGUUGAAUCUAAAAUCGACCAUCAUAUUAUCAUCUUAAACAAAUCAUGGGCUAGUUUGGUUUCUAUUUUAGACACUUAUCAUCUUCCUCUGUUUCUACUUUCUCCUCAUCAUUAACUACAAAAGUAACAGAAAAAUCUCAUCUCGUCCUUUACAUAAUUCAAACCAGGAAAACACCAACAUCACCACCGCCAUCAAAAUAUCAUCUAAAUCAAUUGAUUGUUUCCAUUCAAAUGUGAAUUUUGAAUCAAAACCCUGGAGCAAUUGAUUAGUAUUCAAUCAAACAUGGACCAUAAUUACCCAGUCUUCACAUCAGUAGCACCAAUUGGAUUAACCGUUAGUGUCCACAUCGGAGUGAUUGGUGUCAGUGGUGAUGUCGGUGUCACAACAGUUAACAAUUAGAUCCCGAAAACCCACUCGAAAGUACCAAAAUUAGCAGAUCAAAGCUCCAAUAUCAAUUCAUCUAUUAAACUGUGACAAUUACCUAAGUAAAUGUUUGUAUCUAGAUGAAUGGAAAUCUUUUAAUUUUAAUUUGUUUAAUUGUGUCUCUUUAAAAGCACAAACACUCUUUUCAUUUCCCAUGAUUUGAAUUGAUAUUUGAUUCGUUUUGCCGUUGAACUCAUUAACGGCAGAGAUAAUUAAUCACAAAUUCGAUCAUUUGUCUCUUCAUCCUCACUGGUUAAUUUACUAAUUUUAAUUAUUGAUUGUAAAUAUUUGAUCAUCUUAUUUACCCACCAUUCAGGCGUUUUUUUCAACUUUUAUUUAUAGCAAUUUAUGGAUCUAAUCUCUCGCAAUUAAUGUUUAUAUAAAAGCAACAACAACAAAAGUUAAUCGUGGUUAAUAAACUUACCUGCAAUUGUCAA